AAUCACCUUUCUGCUGGCGGUGUCUUAUUUGGUAAUUUCAGCAGGAAGUGGGAAAACCGACCAGUGAUCGCAAUCAUUAACAUAACCGUGUGAGUCUGUGUGUGUUAUACCGUUAGUGUGGUUGUAGUUGUUAGGGUCGAUAAAGGUUGCCUGGCGUGAAACCAAGACCAGUAGUAGCAGAAGUCGCUUUGGGUGAUGCAGACGGCCUGGCUAUAUAGCAGACGGCAACUGAUGGUCUAAACCAAAACUUUCAGUGUGUAAUGUUUAUGUGUUUCGUGCUAUGAUGAAGUCGCUAAUCGUUACAGUUACCUUCUGGGGAUUUGCUUUUUUAUGGGCAGUGUGUUUUGUACAGGCCCGUAAUAUUGGAAAGAGAUCAGCCGAGGUGGCCAGCGAUGUGGACCAUGAAACCCAGCUUCAACGGGUGAAACGAUUGGAUGAUGAAUCGAUUCUGGAACUUUCGCGCGUAAAGCGAGGUAAUGACGUCGAAUUGUCGCGCGUUAAAAGAAGAGACGAAGUCGAAUUGACGCGUGUUAAGAGAGGGGACGAAGCUGAGUUAUCACGAGUCAAGAGAGGGGACGAAUCUGAGUUAUUACGUGUUAAGAGAGGGGACGAAUUCGAGUUAUCACGUGUCAAGAGAAGGGAUGACGCCGAAUUAUCACGCGUCAAGAGAAAGGACGAAUCUGAGUUAUCACGCGUCAAGAGAAGAGAUGACACCGAGUUGUCACGCGUCAAGAGAGAGGACGAAUCGGAGUUAUCGCGCGUCAAGCGUAGGGAUGACGCCGAAUUAUCACGCGUCAAGAGACUGGGGUCGUUUAAAGAUGAUCUGCAGCUAUCUCGAAUGAAGAGAGAACAGGAACUUCGACUGUCGCGGAUGAAACGAGAUCUGGUAGAUGAACGAGAACUAUCGCGGGAGAAAAGAAAGGACGUUAUCUAUGACGGGAAGCAGACGAGAUUGUCACGAAUGAUACGUGACACUGAACAAGGUACGCCGAGGCGAAAUCGACUGGAUGGUAGUGUCCGCAGAUUCAGACGUUCGGAGCUAGAACAGGAGCUGCAAGCCAGUGGCAUGAUCGUGAAGAAAGAUAAACCACACACCAAGCUUGUCAAGAAAAAGAGAAUGCCCAAAGUCGCCAAACCGGGAAAAGAUAAAUCUCAUGCAAGAUCGCUUGCACAAAAAGCGAAUGCUGGAUCCAGGCCCAAAGUUGCGAAGAGACAAAUGGGAUGGUGGGAGAAGCGAGCUAGGAGGAACUUCUUCCGCAAGCAAAGAGAAAAGCAGAAUAAAAAGACAUCAGCUGAACGGAAGAGAAAUCACACAAAGAGCAGACGAUUUCACAAAGCUUCCCACGCUGUGGAAUUGGCGCGUAAUGACAAAGAAUUGGAUAAAGUGAAAAGUAGCCCCGCGGAUUCAUUGGCAAUGAAAAAACGACAGUCAAAUAAGAAUCACAAAAGGCUUACCGAAUAAGUCAAACAAGAAACUUUCACUUAUGAGAAAGUAAACGUGACAUAAUUUUGUUCUGAAAAGAUCUAACAAGAAAUAUAUGUCUAUUUAUUAUACAUGUGCUUUUAUUAUAUUAAUAUACAUAUUGCUACAUAUGAAGAAUUGAAAAAAUG